AGGAACUACACCAAAAGAGGUCCAAUAUAAUGAGAUGCAUUACAGCUGGACUUCAGCCUGAGAGAAUCUGUCCUGUCAUCUUUUUAAUACCUUAGUAAGUCUUUUUGCAGCUUAAACCUUAACUCGCAGGACUACAGUCAAGUUCAGUGUUGGUGCAUGAACGGACCUUAAAGCUGCUUUGACACAUGCACAUCUGGAUAUCAAAAUGAGCAGCUUUGGGGAGAUUCUGAAGGAGAUCGGGGAGUUUGGUUUGUUUCAGAAACGUCUGGCGGCGGUGUUAUGCAUCCCCAGCCUGUUCACAGCUUUCGAUGUGAUCGGUCAGGUGUUUGUAGGACUGAACUUCCCACAUCACUGUAACACCGACUGGAUCCUGGAGCGAGGACCCAACCUGACGGAGGAACAACAAAGAAAUCUCACCCUCCCACUGAACAAGGAUGGAGGUUUUGAAAGCUGUGAGAUGUUCACUCCUGUGGAUUUGGAUUUGGAAACCAUUAUAGCGUACGGCAUCAACAAGACUACAGGAUGCACACAUGGAUCGGAUUCUGAAGCACCUGAAGGGGCAUCAAGCAUUGUGACAGAGUUCAACAUGAUCUGUGACAGGAGUGGUUUGAUUGCAGCGUCUCAGUCCAUCUACAUGGCCGGUCUCCUGGUUGGAGCGCUGGUGUUGGGGCCGAUGGCUGACAGGUUUGGUCGUCGCUUCGUAGUCCUGCUUUCCAUCUUUCUCCUCAUGUUGUUUGGUGUCGGCAUUAGUUUCUCACCCAACAUCUAUGUUUAUAUUGUUCUGAAGUUCUUAAAUGGCAUUGCCGUUUCAGGCAUUAUUGCUAAUUUAUUUGUCAUAGGUGGAGAGUGGAGUGACUCCUCAAAGUUUGCUCUCUGCACCAUCAUCUGCCACUCGUCCUUCCCCCUUGGACUGAUAAUGUUGUCGGGCAUUGCCUAUCUGAUCCGUGAUUGGAGGAUCCUGCAGCUGGUGCUCUUCAGUCCUCUGGUCCUUGUCCUGGGAAUCGUUUACUGGUCAGACGCCUCUCAGACACUUAAGAUGCUAAUCUCGAUUUAAGCCCUAAGUGAACGCUCUAUAGCAGGGGUGUCCAAACUUUCGAAAAUUCGAAGGGCCGGGCCACGCACUAGAGCUAUAUUGCCUCAUAAGUUCAGU